CCUGAACAUCAGGCUCUAAUCAAUUUAAUCGAAGCAACUCAAAAACGUCAUUUAUACGUUCAGUACGGUGUAUAUCUUGAAACUCGUGCUAAAGAAUUAGGAUGGUUUGAAAUUUUACAUAGUUCAUUAUAUGAACCCUUGGAAUUAAUUGAGGCAAAAACCAGAAUCUUAAACUUAAGUUCUAUGAAUGUAAACCAAACCGUAAAAACAAUCAGUAAAACAUUUUCAGAAGUCAUGUUAAGUUCAAAUGACUUGUUAUUGUCUGGAAUUCUUGAUAUAGAAGCUUUAGAUACCUUAAACUCGCCAAUUAAAACAGCACUAAAGAAGGAAAAUUUGUGGUCUGCUGUUAAAGGAUUAUUACCAAUUAACCCAUUGCCCAAUGAAUUACAAAACUUUAUAGUUAAAUAUGUGGAAACCG